CGUUACCGGUUUUUCAGGGCUUUUUCAAAGAGAACAAUCUUUUAGCAGCUCCAAGCAGCGCCAUCUGUAUAUUCAUUAGCCAGGCAAUAAAAGUGUGGAUAAGUUGUGUUUUGGAGAACUGUCAAAUCGGGUUGUCAAAUUUCCUCCCCCUUUGCGUUUCUGUCUGCCUCCUCUUUUGGGUAUUGAAGUGGGAGCAAGAUCGAACAGACUGCUCGACAAACACAAAACAGAAACAAAAAAUGUUGUAAGAAUGACUCAACCGAAUCGAUUAAUUACAAAACGGUGUGCAACUUUCUAAUCGGGAAGGUGGAAUAAGGACUAGAGCUGAUCAGGAUGAUGAUCUGGUGAAUCAAAGUAUUUUGAUGGAAUGGCUACCCGACGGGACAUUCUGAAGACGUCGAUGGAUUCACUACCUAGCGCCAGCGACCCUCUGAGGGAGCUGUUCGAGGCCUGCAAGAUUGGUGACAUCGCCAGAGUCAGGAAACUGGUCACUCCCUCCACGGUCAACGCCAGAGAUACAGCUGGCAGGAAGUCCACCCCCUUGCAUUUUGCAGCUGGUUAUGGUAGACGAGAUGUGGUGGAAUUCCUCCUUUCAGCUGGAGCCUCAAUACAAGCCAGAGAUGAUGGUGGCUUGCACCCAUUACACAAUGCAUGCUCUUUUGGUCAUGCAGAUGUGGUUAGAUUACUAUUAGAAGCUGGGGCUAAUCCUAAUACCAGGGAUAAUUGGAACUAUACACCACUUCAUGAGGCAGCUAUCAAGGGCAAGGUUGAUGUGUGCAUAGCUCUUCUGCAACAUGGAGCAGAUGUGAAUAUAAGGAAUACAGAAGGCAAAACACCACUUGAGGUAGCUGAUCCAUCUACUCGACCUGUACUGACUGGAGAAUAUAGGAAAGAUGAACUGUUAGAGGCUGCUAGGUCGGGAGCAGAAGAUAGGCUUUUAUCACUUUUAACUCCUUUGAAUGUCAACUGCCAUGCAAGUGAUGGUAGAAGAUCAACACCUUUACACCUAGCUGCCGGAUACAAUAGACACAGGAUUGUACAACUUCUAUUGCAGCAUGGAGCUGAUGUGCAUGCAAAGGAUAAAGGAGGUCUUGUUCCCCUUCAUAACGCCUGUUCCUACGGGCAUUUUGAGGUGACGGAAACCCUCAUUCGCCACGGUGCCAACGUAAACGCCAACGACCUAUGGGCAUUCACUCCACUCCACGAAGCAGCUUCCAAGUCCCGACAAGAGGUGUGUUCUCUGUUGCUGAGUGAAGGAGCUGAACUCUACCAAGCCAACUGCCACGGGAAGACUGCUAUAGAUGUCGCCCCUACGAGAGAGCUCCAAGAUAGACUAAUAUAUGAAUAUAAAGGCCACCAAUUAUUGGAUGCCGCUCGUCAAGCUGACAUCGCCAAACUGAAGAAGGCCACAGACAUCUUGGAUUUCAAACAUCCAUAUACAGGAGACACUGUCCUUCACGCUGUAGCUUCGUCGCCCCAUCCGAAGAGGAGACAGGCUGCAGACGUUUUGAUCAGGAAAGGGGCGCAUCUGGACGAUAAAAAUAAGGAUUUUCUUACUCCGUUGCAUGUUGCUGCUGACAAUGGGGCGUUGGAUGUGGUUGAGGUUUUGUUGAGACAUGGGGCCAAGGUGAAUGCUUUGGACGGGUUGGGUCAGACAGCUCUACAUAGAUGUGCAAGAGAAGAUAACGUCCAGGCAUGUAGAAUAUUACUCAGCUACAACGUUGACACUACUAUUGUUUCACUACAGGGUUAUACUGCAGCUCAAAUGGCGUCCGAAAACGUCUUGAAAUUAUUGCAAGAUCCUCCUCCCACGAGUGGUAGCAGCUUGACAACCUGUGCAUCAGCAGCAACUUCUUGCAUCACUGCAGUGACGAAUGCUGACACAGAAUGUAGGCUGUUGGAAGCUGCAAAGUCGGGCGAUCUCGAACAGGUUCGUCGGUUAGUGGCUGCACAUCCUCACUCAGUCAACUGUCGAGACUUGGAUGGUAGACACUCGACUCCACUGCAUUUUGCAGCAGGAUACAACAGGGUAGCUGUAGUUGAGUUUCUGCUAGGGCAAGGGGCUGAUGUCCAUGCCAAGGAUAAAGGUGGGCUGGUUCCUCUCCAUAAUGCUUGUUCAUAUGGCCACUAUGAAGUUACUGAGUUAUUAGUAAAACAUGGUGCCAGUGUGAACGUCGCUGAUUUAUGGAAGUUUACGCCUUUACACGAAGCUGCCGCCAAAGGAAAAUAUGAAAUAGUCAAAUUAUUGCUCAAGCAUGGUGCCGACCCAAGCAAGAAAAAUAGGGACGGUGCCACUCCUUUAGAUUUAGUCAGAGAUAGCGAUCAAGACGUAGCGGAUUUACUCAGGGGUAACUCAGCUCUUUUGGAUGCUGCCAAAAAGGGUAACUUAGCUAGAGUACAAAGGCUCGUUACCCCAGAGAAUAUCAACUGCAGGGACGCUCAGGGUAGAAAUUCAACACCUCUUCAUUUAGCUGCCGGUUAUAACAACGUCGAAGUCGCCGAGUUCCUUCUGGAACAUGGCGCAGAUGUGAACGCGCAGGACAAAGGAGGCCUCAUUCCUCUACACAACGCUUCUAGUUAUGGUCACCUUGACAUCGCUGCAUUGCUGAUAAAACAUAACACGGUAGUUAAUGCGACUGAUAAGUGGGGAUUUACGCCUCUUCACGAAGCUGCUCAAAAGGGUAGAACACAGUUAUGCGCCUUGCUGCUCGCCCACGGCGCCGAUCCAUUCCUGAAGAACCAGGAGAACCAAGCACCCGUGGACCUGGCGCAAGCCGAAGACGUCCGCUGUCUCCUGCAAGACGCGAUGGCCUCCCAGCAAGGCGUGCCCACUGCCCCUCCUCUACCCCCUCUACCUCUAAUCGCCGCCGCCAUUUCCGGUGGAAAUUCCUCGGCCGACGUCCCCACUACACCGAGGUCGAGACCGCCGUCGGUGGCGCUAGCUUCGCACGCAUCCGCUCCGAGUCUCAUAACAGAGACGGUGAUCAUGCCUUCGGGGGCUGCGGUGCAACUAUCAGUCCCAGUCGCAAUGCAGCCACCUUUGCCGCUAUCUGCAGAAGCCAAAUCAGAAUCCGAAAAUGAUCCAUCUGCGAGUUUGCACUCAGUAGCCGAAUUUUUGACCAGUCUGGGGCUAGAACAUCUUUUGGACAUCUUUGAAAGAGAGCAGAUCACCUUGGACAUCCUCGCCGAGAUGUCUCACGAGGAACUAAAGCAAAUUGGAAUUUCAGCAUAUGGUUUUAGACACAAGCUUAUCAAAGGUAUGGAACGACUAGUAGCGAAUUCUGGAAGCUUAUGGUCAACUCCUUCUAACCCUGGAACGCUCUUAGUAGACCUUCUAGCCGACGAUAAAGAAUAUAUCACUGUUGAGGAAGAAAUGCAAAAUGGAAUUCGAGAACAUAGGGAUAACGGGCAUGCUGGAGGAGUAUUCACAAGAUAUAAUAUAGUGAGGAUCCAGAAAGUGCAGAACCGCAAGCUAUGGGAACGUUAUGUGCACAGACGCCGCGAAGUGGCCGAAGACAACAAUAAUCAAGCUUGCGAACGCAUGCUGUUCCACGGUUCUCCGUUCAUCAACGCUAUCGUUCAGAAAGGAUUCGACGAGAGACACGCGUACAUCGGCGGCAUGUUCGGUGCAGGGAUCUACUUUGCCGAGCAUUCUAGCAAAAGCAACCAGUACGUGUAUGGUAUCGGAGGUGGUACCGGGUGUCCUACGCAUAAAGAUAGGAGUUGCUAUACGUGUCACAGGCAUCUACUAUUAUGCAGAGUGACUCUAGGAAAGUCAUUUUUGCAAUUUAGCGCAAUGAAAAUGGCGCAUGCUCCUCCUGGCCAUCACAGCGUCGCUGGAAGGCCUUCAGUUGGUGGUUUGUAUUUCCCCGAGUACGUGGUAUACAGAGGAGAACAGGCAUAUCCGGAGUAUUUUAUCACCUAUCAAAUUUGCAAGCCAGAAGAAUUUUCAAAUGGUGCAGAUUCGGAUGUUAGGUGAUUUCCGGAGCGAUGGUUAUUUUUGCCCCCAACAAAAACCUUCCAAGACUACAUCUGUGGAAUGCUGUGCGAUACUUUUAGGUGUAUUAUUCCCGCGAAGAAAAAAUGUAGCUGCGGAGAACAUACAAAACAGUAAAACACCGAAUAUUUUGACAGAAUGCAGUAGAAAUAGACAUAUUUAUAAAAUUCGGUCCAUUUAACGAUAAAUAUAAAGGUUGUGCCAAAUUAUACAGCUCAGUGGUAAACUACUAUUCUGUCAAAACACGAUCUCGCUUUUCUUAGAAGGAAAAGGUGCUUCGAAAGACUUGUAUUCUUAAUUUUCCUCAAUUAGAAAGACAGUUUUGGACAUAUUUCAUUGGUAAAUUUACCAUUUGACGAAAAUUGUUUCAAUAUAUUCUUGUGAAAUUCGUACCUAUACCAUAAUGAAUAAAGAUAAUAAGCUUUUUGAAUGUUGGACGUUAUAAGACAUCUUUCUUGAGAUAAAUAGAAAAAUAACUGGUUACAGACAGGUAAUGUUAUUCUUUCAAAAUCUUACAUCAUGAGAUUUACAAAAAAAAUGAAUGUUAUUUCAACGAGUUUUAGCAUGUUGAUUAAGGACUUAUUAUUUUUAUUAAGUGUAAAAAUAUAUUAAAGUCGAAUACAUAUACAGUUAUUCCUCAAGUUAUAAUAAAUAUAUAAUAUUUAAAAAAUCCACAACUGUUCGUUCUGAUUUUGAAAAAAAUGCUGGAGAUUGAAAUAAUGUGUUCAUUAUUCUGUAUAUAUAUAUACUUAUUGUAAUAUAGGACUGUUUGUUUUGAUGUAAGGCAUUUAUUUAUUCCGUUUUUUAUUAUUGUUAAAUAUAAAAUGAUUUUUUUAUCAAAUGUGAUAUAAAGUUUACUGUUUUUAAUUAUACUUAACGGUGUGGUUUGAUAAUUAUCAAUUGUAUGCUAUCAUUUCUCCAGAAAAUAAACAAAUAUAUUGC